AGUGGUUAUGGAAAACAGAAGAAAAAGCUAACCGAUAAACAGGCUGAAUCCGCAAAUUGCGUUGAUGACUGGCAAACUGAGAAUUUGUGACGGGUAAUAUAUUAUAGCGUUAACUUUUCGACUGACUGUUUGUAGUUUCAUAUGACAUAGCUAAACACGAUUAGCUACUUUUGGAGGCGAGAAGAAAGGCAUACAAUGCCGUGGGAGCGCUUUUUCUCAUCUUCGCCUCUCCUUGCUCGUCUUCCUCAUUUACCGACUGCGUGAGGACGGACCCAAACAAGAAACUGCUGUAUCGACAACUGUCAAUAACUGUAGCUAGCAAGCUAGCUAGCUGUAACCUGAACAAGUGUUAAUUUACAAUGGCGGAUAGCGUAGGAGAGGUUGCUAAUGGUGAAAUUGGGUUAGGUGUUGGUAGUCAGGGAAAUGGAGCUCCGUUGUUACCUAGUUUGGGUAAUUCUCUGCCGGGCCACUCGACGAGUGGAGCUAACCUGGCCUCACCACCUCCUGCAGCGGCCGCAGAGACUGGCCUAGCUGUCAUGUCCCCUGGAGCCACAACCACCUCAACUGUGGUGACUGGGAGCGGGUUUGGAGGUGCAGGUGUUCUUAGCGCUGUAGUGGGCUCUGCCAUUCCAAUACCCCUCUACUCGGCCACCAAUGCUCUGCCAGGCGGUAUCGGUUUGGGGGUGGCCGGAGCAGGCCUCUUGUCCCAAAUUCAUGCAACAUCCUGGGACCCAACACUAAGUACCGACUGGGACAACGAGAAGACGUCCCAGCAAUGCAUUCUCCGAAUCAAAAGGGAUAUAAUGUCCAUCUAUAAGGAGCCUCCCCCGGGUAUGUUUGUGGUUCCUGACCCUCACGACAUGACUAAGAUCCAUGCCCUCAUCACAGGACCCUUCGACACGCCCUACGAGGGAGGCUUCUUCCUCUUCCUGUUCCGCUGCCCCCCGGACUAUCCCAUCCACCCCCCACGGGUCAAGCUCAUCACCACCGGCCAAAACACUGUGCGCUUCAACCCCAACUUUUACCGUAACGGCAAAGUAUGCCUCAGCAUCCUCGGGACUUGGACAGGGCCAGCAUGGAGCCCAGCCCAAAGCAUCUCCUCCGUUCUGAUCUCCAUCCAGUCCCUGAUGACUGAGAACCCCUACCACAACGAGCCAGGCUUUGAACAGGAGAGACACCCGGGGGACAGCAAGAACUACAAUGAGUGCAUCCGCCAUGAGACCAUGCGCGUGGCUGUAUGUGACAUGCUGGAUGGGAAGGUGCCCUGUCCAGAAGCCCUGUGGAGUGUGAUGGAGAAAUCAUUCUUGGAGUACUAUGACUUCUACGAGGGGGUUUGCAAAGAGAGACAACACCAACAGGGACAGACCAUGCAGGACCCUUUUGGGGAGAAGAGGGGUCGCUUUGACUACCAGGGCCUACUGGCACGCCUGAGCAUCACCCAGAGGCGCAUUCGAGAGAAGUGCCCACCGGAGGACAAUGAUGACCACUCAGACUCUGACACCAGCUCCUCAGGCACGGACCCAGAUAGCCAGGGCAGCUCCCAGCCUUAGUCACCAGAUGGCGCCACGCUACCUUUUUCAGUCUCCCCCUUUCUGUUUUUGCAAGAUGGUUUUGGCUCAAGUGAGAUGUUGAGGGGAAAGGCCUGAUUUCAGGAAGCACUUAUGAUACAAAGGCAGGGGAUAGCUUAAUGUCUGUUUUGAUUGGUUCUCUCACCC